AUGAAUAAUCAAGGUAUCGAAAACGAAGAGCAACACUCUCCUCAAAUAACUACCAUCAAUAGUGACCAAAAAACAGGUGAACGACACGAUUCAAUUGUUGAUCUUUGGGCUACUGUGGAUAGAUCUCGUCUUGAACAAGAUGUUCAUAUAAUUCCUCUUGAUGAUCUCUAUCAACGUUUUCAUACGAAUCCACGUGAUGGUUUGUCAGCUGCUUCUGUCAUCGAUGGACAAAUUCAAUAUGGUGCAAACAGGAUCACUCCACCUAAACAACCAAGCUAUUUACGAUUAUUUAUCAAUGAAUUAUUCAUUGGUUUUAAUGCUAUUCUCUGGAUUGCCAGUAUUCUUACUUUCUUAGCUUAUAAACCAUUUGGUGAACCGAAUCCAUCGAUAACGAAUUUAGCACUUGCUAUCGUACUUAUCUUAGUUAUCACUUUUAAUUCGAUGUUAAAUGUUUAUCAAGAAAUAAAAUCAAUUAAAAUUGUGGCAUCAUUUUCAAAAUUAUUACCAACAAUUGUGACUGUUCGACGUGAUGGUAAAGAACAACAAAUACUUGCUGAACAGAUUGUACCAGGUGAUAUUAUUCUCAUUCGUAUGGGUGAUAAAUUACCAGCGGAUUGUCGAUUUUUAAUCUGUAAUGAACUCAAAGUCAGUACAUCGGAAUUAACUGGCAAAUUGAAACCUGUUACAUCCACAGUUCACUGUACAAGUGAGAAAUUUAUGGAAUCAACUAACAUUGGAUUUUAUUCAUCAAUCGUCGAGCAAGGUACUGGUGAAGCGUUGGUCAUUGCCACUGGUGACAAUACUGUUUUGGGUAAAAUGUUACCAUUAUCACGGAGCAAAACAAGCAAUGAUGUUACUGGUCUACAUCGUGAAGUUAAUCGUUUUGUUUUAUUUGUUUUUAUCGCUACUAUUAUCUCUAUUAUCAUCUUGUGGAUCACUUGGGCAGCAUGGCUCAAUCGAGAUCAUCAUGACUUUAUGUCCUACAAUGCAAAUAUUGUCAAUUCUAUCGGCAUGACUGUCGCAUUUUUGCCUAUCGGUUUGCCAUCGACUGUGACUCUAGUAUUGACAUUUGUGGCUAAAAAAAUGUAUCGACAACGUAUAAUAGUAAAAAGCUUACAAAUAGUGGAGACUUUUAAUUCCAUCUCAGUGAUUGCUACUGAUAAAACAGGAAUAUUAACUGAAAACAAGAUGACAAUUACCCAUCUCUUAUGGGACACGCAUGGCAUCUAUAAAGUACCUAUACCAGAACCUGAACCAACUGUACCGGAAACUCUUUUUCAAAAGAUUCGUCGUAUAUCAACUGGCAUGUUUAGUACAACUCGUCGUCUAUUAAAUGAAGUCAUUUCGAUUGCACGAACACUUUCUAGUGGUAGUAUCAAUGUACCACAACGUAUGCCAUCAUUUAGUGAUCAUAAUGAAAAGAAUCAAAUUCCGAACGUGGCCAGUGAAAUUCAAAUUCAAGCAUUUCGUGAUCUUCUUCUCGGCGCUUGUCUAUGUAAUAAUGCUGAAAAACAGAUCGUAGAAGAUGCUCAGCUUGGACAAGACAUAUCGAAAAUGCAAUCUGAAUUGCGUCUAGUAGGUGAUGCGGCUGAUACAGCACUUUAUAAUUUACGUGUGGAUCGAUGCGGUGUUGAUUUGGAGGCUGUACGUAAAGUAAAUCCUCGUUUGAAAGUCUUACCAUUCAAUUCAUCGAAUAAAUUUAUGAUAUCGGCUAAUCAACUUGAAUCAGUUGAUCCAUCGAUAUUAGAAAGUGAACGUACCGUUUUGAUUAUACAGAAAGGUGCACCAGAUGUUGUUAUUCAACGUUGUUCAUCAUAUAAAACUAACAAUGAUGAGAUUUUACCACUGAAUGCCGAAAUGAAACAGGCAUUGUUUCAUCGACACGAAGAAUUAGCGAAAAAUGGUUAUCGUGUCAUCGCCAUGUGUCAACAAAGAUUUACUCGACAACAAUAUGAUCGAAUGAUGAAACGGUACAAAGAAGAACAACGUUCACAAUCAUCGACCGAUGUUGAAGAUCUCAAUGGAUUUCCAUCGAAUGAUUAUUGCUUUAUUGCUCGUCGUGCUCAAAUUCGUGUAGUCAUGGUUACCGGUGAUUAUCCAAUGAUGGCUAAAGCUAUUGCAAAACAAGUUCAUAUUUUAACACCUGAAAUAUUGGAAAUGAAUGGUAUAGAUACAUUCAAAAUUGAAAAAGAUGCCAAUGAAUUGGUUUUUGCACGAAUAUCACCCGAACAAAAAUUGCGCAUCGUUUCAGAAUUUCAACGACGUGCUGAAAUUGUCGCUGUUACAGAUAAUAGAGCUAAAGAUGUACCAGCACUUAAAUGUGCUCAUCUUGGUGUAGCCAUACAAUUUGGUAUAGAAGUAUCGAAAGAAGCUGGUGAUAUAAUUCUGCUCGAUAACAAUUUUUCAUCGAUUAUUCAAGCAAUUGAAACCGGUCGUUUAUUAAGUGAUAAUUUGAAGAAAGUAGCCGUUUAUCGAUUACCCGAAGGCUCUUGGUCACAAAUUUGGCCAGUUUUCUUUAAUUUAUGGUUUGGUAUGCCAUUAGCUCUGUCUGCCCUUAGGGCUACAGUUUUCUGUAUGCUUAAUGAUGUAAUUAUGCCAUUAGCAAUGGUAACGGAAAAGCCUAACCGUGAUAUUAUGUCUCAACCACCAUCGAUUCAUGGAAAAGAUCAUCUACUGAAUAUAAAACUCCUUAUUCAUGCUUAUUUAUUUGUUGGAAUUCUCGAAUGUUUCACAGCAUUCUUCUGCUUUUGUUAUUAUUGGAUUGACAAUGGUGUACCUUUCUAUUCUUUCGUGUUUACUUAUGAAAAGUUCGGCCUUAAUGGCACUACUCCAUAUACAAUGGACCAAUUACAAUCGAUGACUAAUGUAGCACAAUCUGUUUAUUAUUGUUCAAUGUGUCUUUUUCAAUUUUUUAAUUUUUUUGCUACACGUACUCGAUAUACAUCUAUUCUUCAACAUAAUCCUUUUUGGGGUAAAGGUCAAAAUUUAUACAUUUUUGGUGCUAUGUUCAUGUCAAUUGCUAUUCAAUUAUUUUUCACAGAAAUUCGUUGGUUUAAUCGUGUCUUAGGCACAGGUCGCGUGCCGGCGAAAUAUGUCAUGCCGACACUUGGUUUCGGUAUGCUGUGGCUAAUUAUUGAUGAACUACGAAAGUUCUGCAUACGCAAAUAUCCACGUAGUCUUCUGGCACGUAUUGCGUGGUAA